CCAGAUAAGCGUGGCUUUGGCUUUUGGUUGCAGUCUGCAAUAGCCAUGUGUUCUCAAAAACUAAAAUAAACAAGCAGUUUACCUUGCUAGUUUUAGGUAUUUAUUAUGGGAAACCGGCUGGCGGCCUUCGUUAGCAAGCCCGUCAGGGAUUUUAAUAUCGAAAACCGUGUAGACAAGGUUAUCAGCGUCGGAAAACCCAAGGCGGCUCCUCGUCAUCCGAGCGACGCCAAGCACGAACCCGAGACGGCGCUUGCCGAUGCAAGCAAGGUGCUUGAAAAACGGGAGGAUCUUUUGGAGCGUUUGAAAGGCGUGAAGGUGGUCUCGUCAGAUCCGAAGUCGCAGGCACAACAAAGUACGCCACUUGAGUCGGGCCGGCCACUUCCACAGAGCCGGGCAGCACCGCAGCAGUACAAGUACGGCUUCUUCGAACCGAGUGUGGUGCCCCGGGGGCGACUGACGCUGCGCCAGGCAACGCAGCUGCUGGCCGAUGCGAAGAAUGACCCAAACACGUUCAGUCCCAAGGCCCUGGCUGCACAGUACAGCCUUGAUGAAAAGGAUUUGCACAACGUGCUGCGCUACUUCAGCGUCUUCCGCGUUCACUCUUGGGAGCGUACUGAGCGCGAUGACCUGACCAGCAUUGGCAUGAUGAAAGCCGCGCUACUUCAGACAAAGCAAGGCCCAGCUGCGAAAGAGAGAUCAGACGGCACGGAUGAGGAGGUCGCGAAAGAAGGUGAACAGAAAGUUGGCAAACAAGGCAGUAGGACGCUUGACACUAAGAAGUGAUAAGUGCGACUAAGACAGAAGUUGAGUGUAGGACACUGUGAAUGUGUGCAUGUAUGGAUGAUGUGGCAAGGGUAGGCAUAAGUGGUACGUGUAGAAUGUGAACGAUGUAACUCCUGUAGAAUAUGAAGACCAGGCUUGGAAAAUGUGAACAUCCAAGACCAGGACAAGAACUAACAGAAUCGAUCGGGUGACAAGCAGUGCAACAAAGUCAAUGAUAAUGAGAUAAUGCUUCGAAGCUGUAAAAUGAAUUGAGGGUCUUGUCUCCGCAAUGGUGCACCGAAAUGGUUCUAGAUAGCAGUUGUGGAACUUGGCGGUAGUUGCCAAUAGUUGAUGGUAGCUAACAGAAGUGGGCCCAGUGACAAAGAAUGCUUGCAGCUGGCUGGCCUGAAGAAUAUGUUUGUACUCUGUAUUUGACAGGCACAUCUGCAGCUGUCAGACUUUCUGUGGCACCACUCAAACUUACAAGCAGGUCAAUGCACUUAAUAACUGUAGGCCUUCGAAAGGACAAAACACACAUAGUGCAUGCUUUCAACUGGUUCAUUUGCAGGUGCAAAAAGUGCACCUGCACUUCCCAAUUUGAUAGCUGUACUGUGCUAGCUUACAGUCAAUGGGCAAGGCUUAUUUUCAAUACAAAGUUAUGCGUAUAAAAGAAAAAUGUAUCAGUCAUCUAAAUAAAACUGCUUUUUGGAUGCCACGAGUGCAGUGCACAUGAUUGAAUGUCAUAUGUAUGUAAAUAUGUACUUGAUGACAGGGUUUCAAAUAAACCAUUUGAAAAUAUGC